AUGAUGAAAAGAUGCUUCAGUAUCCUACCACAAAAUGUCCGGUUCAGCUCAAAGUUCACAAGUUUAAACUUACCAAAGUUAGAUUUGGCGGAUUUUAUAGACUCAAAUAAAAGAGGAAUCAAUGUUCUUCCGUCGUACAGAGAUGAAACCGCUAGCACCACUCAAGCAACUAAUUCUAAAGAGCUCAGAUUACUUUCCAAAACACUUCAGGGCCAGUCGUACCGGGACCAAUUAGAGUUGAAUCCUGAUGUAAGCAAAGCAAUCAACAAUAAUAUUAUGGCUGUACAUAUUCCCAAUAAUCUUAGAAGGGUUGCUACAAAUUAUUACAAAGAGAUUCAGGAACCAAAUUCAUUACAUCGUCCCUGUAGAACCAAAAUGGAAGUGGAUGCACAUAUAGCGUCCAUUUUUUUACAAAAUUAUGGUUCUAUUUUCCAAAGUCUGAAAGAAUUACAAAAAAGGGUAGGUCCUGAUAAUUUUAAACCUCAAAGAAUCCUUGAUGUUGGAUAUGGCCCAGCGACUGGUAUAGUUGCCUUGAAUGAUAUUUUAGGCCCAAAUUAUAGACCUGAUCUAAAAGAUGCCGUUAUUUUAGGGAAUGCGGAGAUGCAAGAAAGAGCCAAAAUCAUUUUGAGCAGACAACUUAACGAGGUGGUCGAUACUGUAGAAGAAAAUGUGUCUACAGAGAAAGAGCAGGAAACAGAUAGACGGAACAAAAACUUUCAAGAGGAUGAACAUAUUGGAGAAGUGAUGACAAAAAAGAUAAACAUUAUGACUAACUUGCGGUCUUCUAUUCCCGCAUCUAAGGAAUAUGACCUCAUAAUAUUAACGCAUCAACUUCUUCAUGACGGGAAUCAAUUUCCAAUUCAGGUGGAUGAAAAUAUUGAGCACUACUUAAAUAUUCUAGCGCCUGGAGGCCACAUUGUUAUUAUUGAACGAGGCAACCCAAUGGGAUUCGAGAUUAUAGCCAGGGCAAGGCAAAUUACGCUUAGACCUGAAAACUUUCCAGAUGAAUUCGGAAAAAUACCAAGACCUUGGUCUAGGGGAGUAACAGUCAGAGGCAAAAAAGAUGCUGAAUUAGGAAACAUUUCCAGUAAUUAUUUUCUGAAGGUGAUUGCACCUUGUCCACAUCAAAGGAAAUGUCCCUUACAGGUUGGAAAUCCUAACUUUUAUACUCAUAAAGAGGGUAAAGACUUAAAGUUCUGCAAUUUUCAAAAAAGCAUCAAGCGUCCCAAAUUCAGUAUAGAGUUAAAGAAGGGUAAACUUCUCGCUACUUCAUGGGAUGGUUCUCAAGGAAAUGCGUCGAGGCUAAAAGGAACGGGAAGAAGAAAUGGUCGUGACUAUGAAAUUUUAAACUACUCCUAUUUAAUAUUCGAGAGAUCACAUAAGGACGAAAAUACGUUGAAAGAAAUUAAGAAAUUACGGAAUGAAAAUGUGAACGGCAAAUAUGACAUUGGAUCACUGGGUGAUGACACGCAAAAUUCCUGGCCUAGAAUUAUCAAUGAUCCUGUCAAACGUAAAGGUCAUGUUAUGAUGGAUUUAUGUGCGCCAUCAGGAGAACUUGAAAAAUGGACGGUUUCGCGGUCGUUUUCUAAACAAAUAUACCACGAUGCCAGAAAGAGUAAGAAAGGUGAUUUAUGGGCCUCAGCGGCCAAAACACAGAUUAAAGGGCUGGGAGACUUGAAUGUUAAGAAGUUCCACAAGCUAGAAAAGGAGAGAAUCAAGCAGUUGAAAAAGGAAGAACGUCAAAAAGCUAGAAAGGCUAUGGAAUCUUAUAAUGAAUUGGAGGACUCUCUUCAAUUUGAUGAUCAUCAGUUCUCAAACUUUGAGGUAAUGAAGAAAUUGUCCACUUUUCACGGCAACGAUUUUUUACAACAUGUAAAUAGAAAAUAG